UCAAGGAUAUGCGGUUGCAUCGAUCAAUCCCAUACAAACCGCCUUCUGGUCUGAUUAAAAUCCUAUCAAGAGGACCGCCAUGAAGCCGAAGCACGGGAUGGGACAUGGAACAGCAGGCUCAACUAGCGGAUCGAAUGCAUAUUCAGUCCCCAUGGUCGAAAAUGCAACGUCAACCUCGCCACCCCGAACAGCAUAACGUGCCGGACUAUGCGUCUCAAGAACGAAAUACAUCGGUCAUGCCUAUGAAGUUCAACGCAGCGCAGCCGGGCCAUAUACACUAUGUAUCAGGUAUAGCUGAGCUUCAACACGACAAAACGUUGUUUGAUGUACGACAAAAGCCAUCCCUUCUGCCGUACUUGGGUCGGAACACGCGGUGUUCACUGUCGGUUUGGCAGGUUUACAGUACACUUCACCUAUUUUUAUCAACGUUCGCGAAUACACGACAUCUUAUGAAGACGAGAGGGCUUGAAGAGGGAAAGGUCGAAGGUCCGAGGGGACUUACCGGAGGGGAGGGUCGAUCGAACUCGAUAUAUGAGCCGCGCCAAAAGAGGUUUUCACAAGACCACUUCACUUCACUUCACUUCACUCUUCACGAGGACCACUUUACUUCACUCGACCCUCGAAUAUUCAGCCUUCACAUAUCUAAGUCUAACAAAAUCACUCAACAAUCAAGGCGAAAGACUGCCCUUGCAAGCAGACCAUAUCUUCAGUAUUUGGCUCAGCAAAUGACUUUGUCACUAAGCUUCUAACAGGGCACCGAGACAAAUUCCAGAAUAAAUCUUGUUCCUAUCUACCUACCUAGGUGGUAGGGACUAAGUGUCUGGCUCUGGUAACGACCUGUGAAUGAAGUCUUCUACAGAGGCACUGAGAUUUCCAAGUAACAUCUCCAGAAUGGCUCUGCGUCUGCACAGGCAUGUUGGAAACCUACAAUUGUAUAACCCUUAAUAAACUCCCCUGGGGUUUCCUCACGAUCAACCCAAUUUCAACGGGUUGACUGAGUUUUUGCCUUUUUUUUUGAACUGGACGGACUGCUGCAAAGUCUGGAUACGGGGACCAUUGGCGGUGGUAAGUGGAAUGUUCAAUGAAGGAUGAAUCCAAGCACGAUUCGAAGCAAGUCGGUAGGAACAGCGGACG